AUGAACAGAGACCCACUCGUGGAACUGACGCCGCUGCGCCCUUCGAUGCGGCAUGAGGCCUCGCAAAGUACCUCGCACGCCGCGGCGGCGGCAGAUGAGGCCGGGUCGGAUGCAGCUGCGCCGCCGCCGCUGUCCGCGUCAUUUGCACGUCGCGAGGAUCUCUCGUACAUUUGGGGCACCGACAUUGCGGUGGAGACGUUCCGGGAUGAGUUUCAGCACUUCCUGGAGACGUUUGAGGUGCACGUUGACGGCGGCGGCGGCGGCUUGCGAGAAGGCUCGGGUACAGGCGUGAGUCCCGGUCUUGGUCACCGCGGCGUUGGCACCCGCAAAUAUUUCCUGCAGGAGCUUCUGCGUCUUAGACUGCAGAACCGCAGUGUCCUCGAGGUGGACAUGCAGCUGCUCGCCAGAGUGUGCCCGCGGUUGUGCCAGCAAGUUGUUUCUCACCCGAUGGAGUGUCUGCAGAUGAUGGGCAACGUCGCGGAGGACGUCUGCCAGCGCCUCGCCGCCGCCUUCGCCGAGGUGCCGUUGUCUGACGACUUUGUUCUGCGGGUGGCGCCGAAGAAUCUCCCGGGGACAGUCUCGCUGCGUGGGUUGGGGCCGCAGCACCUCGAGCAGCUCAUCGCCCUCCAGGGGAUGGUGGUGCGGGUGUCGAAAAUUAUUCCAGAGAUCCGGGUCGCGUUUUUUCAGUGCUGGCACUGCCAACACGUGCGCCGCAGCGUCGUGGAUCGCGGCCGCAUCUUUGAGCCCACCCGCUGCGAUCACUGCGGCAGGCACUACUCCUACCGGAUUCACCACAACCUUUCCCUCUUCGAGGACAAGCAGUUGGUGCGGCUGCAGGAGGCGCCGGAGCACCUGACAGACGGCGAAACGCCCGUCACCAUCUCCGUUGCGGUGUACGGCGACUCGGUGGACGUCGUGGUGCCGGGUGAUCGUGUCGUGGUGACGGGCAUCUACCGCGCCGCCCCUGUGCGCCUGAAUUCCAACACGCGCAUCAUACGCAGUAUCUUUGCCACGCACGUCGACGCCGUACACAUUGAGCAUCGCCGCGCGGGCCGAAAUUCGUGGAAAGCGCAGCAACCGCAACCGCAGCAGACGACGUCGUCUGGCGGCGACGAGGGGCAGUCGGAGAAUCCGGCUGAGGCCGCCCGCCGCGAUGUGUUCCGUCGCAUUGCCAGUCGUCCAGAUAUUUAUAGCAUUCUCCUCAACAGCUUUGCAAGGACCAUUUGGGGGCAUGAGGAGGUGAAGCGCGGGAUUCUCGCACAGCUCUUUGGUGGGACGCGGAAGGAGCUCAAGUCCGGCACCUUCCGUGCCGAGAUCAACGUGAUUUUGUGUGGAGACCCGGGCGUGGCAAAAUCCCAGCUCCUCUCGCAGGUGCACGAAAUUGCCCCACGUGGUGUUUACACCUCGGGCAAGGGCAGCAGCAGCGUUGGGCUUACGGCCUUCGUUGUGCAGAACCAGGAGACGGGGGAGUUGGUGCUUGAGCCGGGCGCCCUCGUGCUCUCCGACCGCGGGCUGUGCUGCAUCGAUGAGUUUGACAAGAUGAACGAGGCCACGCGGUCCGUGCUGCACGAGGUGAUGGAGCAGCAGACCCUCUCCAUCGCAAAGGCAGGCAUCAUUGCGCAGCUCAACGCCCGCACUUCGGUGUUGGCCGCCGCAAACCCGAAGGAGUCGCAGUGGAACGUGAACUUGAAUGUGGUGGAAAACCUGCAGAUCGAACCCACGCUCUUGUCACGUUUUGACCUGAUUUUUCUUCUGUUGGACCGGCACGACCCGACGGAGGACAGACGGCUGGCUUCACACGUCCUCGCGCUCUUCAUGGAGCCCGAUGCGGGGUCCCGCCGCGGCGCGAACACCGCCACGGCGUCCGGCAGUAAUAAUGGCCUUCACCACAACAUGAGGAGUGCUGCGGCGCCGAGCGGCGGCAAUGACCCGGUUAACGAGGCGGAGGAGGAGGAGGAGGCGGCGGCGGAAACAGGCGAAAACGGCAAUGCACCGCCGCGCGGAUUACCCAUGGGGACGGCGGCGACGGUGUUGGAGCACGAGGGUGAGGUGUUUCUUGAGGGAACCGAGGACGCCCCGUACAUGCCCCCGCGUGUUCUCUCGCAGUACAUUGCGCUUGCGCGGGAGACGGUGCACCCGCGGCUCACUGAGGCCUCACACAAGCAGCUGGCGGCGUCGUACGUGGAGAUGCGCCGCGCGCGCGGCGGCAGCCGCACGGUGUCUGCCACGCUACGGCAGCUGGAGUCCAUGAUUCGACUGGCGGAGGCGCGGUGUAAGAUGCGGUUUGGCGCGGAGGUGACUGUGGAAGACGUCAAGGACGCAAAGUGGCUGAUUAGCGCCGCGCUGAAGGAGGCAGCGACCGACCCUCAGACCGGCCUGAUCAACUUGGACAUGUUCAGCGCACCCGACCCGACGCGGCAGACGGUUGAGGGCAGUAUGCUGCGCUUGGAGCACGUCAUUGAUAGACGCUACCUCGCGGCGGGCCGCACCUCCGCGACGGUGAACGAGCUGCGACAGGCGCUUAACGAGUCCCUUGGCGGCGGGAUACGGCCGCUCGCCAUUGCGCAGUUCAUGGAGCUUCUGGCACUGAUGGCAGGAGGCGAGCACGUGAAGUCCUUCACUGCCACCUCAGUGACCUUUGCUGACAAGGGCCCCUCGUGA